UGUGGAGAACAUUGUGACAAAGACUAACCAUGAGGAGCUGUCAAUCAUGGUAACAUCAUCUAGUGCAGCUGAAAUUGUGCCUACCUCAGUUCCUGGAGACAGAGAGAAUGACUGUACAUGCAGUGAGGAGUCCAGUAGCUCAGCUGUGAUUGCUGUGUCAGCAGUAUCUCUCCUGCUGAUCCUCACUCUCACCACAGUCAUCCUCACUCAAUGUCUACUCAUCUUCAGAAUGAGGAGGUCUAGGAACAAGACUGAGACCUAUGCAGAGGCCACUAACCCUACCACCAAGACAACUGAUGUUCCUGUCUCUCCUAAUGAGGCAUAUGCUCUGACCAAGAUAACCAGCCCAAGGGAAGAAGUUACCUAUGAGGUGGUGAAAUGACAGAAGA